CGAUAUUAUAAAUGAUUAAAUCUAUAGUGUAUUAUUUUAUAUUAUAACAGGAGCAUAAGCAUAUUUCUUCCUAAAUAGAGCAUACUCUAUGUCUAUACUUUUUUCAAGAAACCAUAGAUAUAGCCUAUUAUAAUAUUCUUGUAUUUAUUGCACAACUCGUGUGUCUGCUGAAAAAUAUCUUAGGGGGCGCGACUGUUUAUUCAAUUUGCUAAAAUGUAUUUAAAUAUUUACUUAAAAAAGUAAAGAAUUUGAUUUUGAAUUUGUAUGUGGUUGUGACAAUGAUUUACUAUUUACUGACUGGAAAAGGGAUCCUGUAAGACUUAUCUAUGUAGUCAAGGGAUUAUCCACUGUGCCACCAAAUGUCAUCUGUGUCACUAUCAUCUGUCACGUAACAUGUCUAUCAUGCGAUGGUGGUGAUAAUGCACGAUGUGUGAUGGUGACAGCGUAUGACGUGGUGGAGGUGACAACGCAUGACGUGAGGUGCAGGUGACACAACGUAUGAUGUCUAAGAGGUGACACAACGUAUGAUGUGUAAGAGGUGACACAAGGCAUGGCGUGAGGUGGAGGUGACACAACGUAUAGCGUGAGGUGUAUAUGACACAAGGCAUGACGUGUAAGAGGUGCCACAACGUAUACCAUGUGGUGCAGGUGACACAAGGCACGACGCGAGGUGUUAGCAUGUGGAGAUAAUGGAGCGGGAGCGGCGUAUGGUGGUGUCGGAGGGAGGAGGACCGGGGGCGUGCGCGGGGCUGGAGCGCGGCGGCGGCGGCCCACGGCACCAGUGGGAGGAGGAGCCGGACGGGCAGUGAGCGCGCGACUCUGCUAGUGGCUACGUUACGCGACCUGGACCACCGGCCGACGCGCUAUACCUUCUCUACCGCCAUUCCUCGACCCCUCUCUCUGCUCUGUGAUGCGAGAUGAGGAGCGGAGGCGGCGUCCCCCUGGCCGCUCUGCUUCUGGGCCUCCUGCUGCAGCGCGCACUAGCUCCGAAGUUCACGUGUGCCAACGGGAAGUGCAUCUCGGAUGAUGAAGUGUGUGACAGCAUCGAUAACUGCGGUGACGAGAGUGACGAGCGCAUCUGCGGUCUGCCGGCGUUUAAGAGGAACUGUACGGGAUCCGACCAAUUUAAUUGUACAAAUGGUGAUUACUGUAUUUCCGUCAUCUGGCUCUGUGAUGGUGACUUUGACUGUCAAGACAAGUCUGACGAAGAGAACUGUACAUCUUCCAGCUGCGGGAUUAAUGACCACCACUGUGGAGACGGCAACUGUAUCCUCAGCACCUGGCUCUGUGACGGAGAACCCGACUGCUCCGACGGCUCCGACGAACUCUUCUGCAAUACCAAAGCGGCGCAGAGUACCUGCGGCUCUGACCAGGUGGCGUGCGCGACGGAGGGUCGCUGCGUCCUGCACCACUACGCCUGCGACGGUGAGGACGACUGUGGCGACUGGUCCGACGAACACAACUGUAACGUCACCACCUGCUACCGGGACGACUACAGGUCAGUAGCCUGUAAUGUCACCACCUGCUACCGGAACGACUACAGGUCAGUAGCCUGUAACGUCACCACCUGCUACCGGGACGACUACAGGUCAGUAGCCUGUAAUGCCACCAUUUGCUACCGGAAGACUCAGAUGUUCUGUCAUUUACAAAUGUUCAGGGAUUCACAGAGCUUGGAAAAAUGUAUAUUUAAAGUAAGCUAA